AUGUCAGCAAGUCUGGCCAAGUUGUAUUUAAGGCAAGAUCUAUUUGUAUCCACUAUGUUACAACGUGGUUCGUCAUAG